CCAUUUUCUUGAGGGGAAUAGCAGGCCUUGGGGUCUCAUCGCGUCACCAUGGGACGUCGGUCAUCAGACUCUGGAGACGAAAGGCGAAGCGGGAAAAGAAAACAACGUCGGCGACGACGUUCAUCUUCCAGCAGUUCCUCGGAUGGGAGGAAACCCCUCCAGAAGAAGGGCAGGAAAUCGAGGUCGAAGUCAAGGCCUCGGUCUCGAGACCUUCAGUGCGGUUCACGUCGUCACGAUAAAAGGCGGAGGCGCCGAUCGAGCAGCAGCUCUUCCCGCGGCUCCAGAAGGAAACGCAGCAGAAGUCGUUCGAGGGGACGGGGGAAAUCUGGUAGAUCCGGGUCGAAGAGGAGAGAGAAGGCGUCGAGGAGGGCCCGUAGCCGGAGCAGCAAAGGAGCUGGUCGGGAAUGGCGUAGAGGCCGGGAUAAAGAGCAUCCUGUAAAGGAGAGGGAGAAAGGGAAAGGAGUGGAAUCACACAAGCCGAUGCCUGGAGACUUGGGAAACUUCACAACUGGGAUGGGGCGGCUGGGCCCUGCUGAGCGGGCCAAAGCCAUGUUAGUUCUUGAAGCUACUCCAGAGACAGACGAAGCCCUGAUGGCUAAAAUAAGAAAUGAGGAAGAAGCAGGAAGGAAAAUAAGAGAAGACCAAGCCACGCUAGGAGAGCAAGUGAAACGAAUAAAGGAGAUUGAAGCCGUCGAAAGCAACCCCUUUGUUCAGCAGACGUUCAGAUCAAGUAGAGAAGUCAAGAAGGCAUUUAAAUGCAGACAAGAGAAGAGUGAAAGUACAACUAAAGGGUUUGCUGACCUCUCCAACGGCGAGAAGGACGCCAGUGCCAUUCCUACAUCUAUCAAGUACCAGGACGAUGAAUCCCUCGCACAUCCAAACCUAUUUAUUGAGAAGGCCAAAGCCGAAGAAGCGUGGUUCAAGAGACUAAUUGCUCUUAGGCGAGAAAGACUGAUGGGUAGUCCCGUGGCCUGAGUAGCUUUUGCGUGCCCAUUUGGACGUGGAGAAUUCCAUGCUUUUGAAGUUUUGAAUGCCACUGAGAACUGUUCCAGAAGGAAGGAGAACAUUGUAAAAAGUGACGUGACUCGAUAAAUAUAUAGCUCAGGACACCUUUCCUUUCCUCUGAUCGGGAGUGUUGGGUUGUUGGGAAGUUGGAGGGGAAAUUUUGAGAUGGUAUUCGAAUAGUGAGACUGCCCUUAACAGUGUAAACUCAUCAACCCAUUAACAUGGUGCCAAAUGGAGUAAAGUAGUUGGACAAUAGUAGGUGUGUAUUGCAAUUGCCAGGAGAUUUCACCUUCUUCCACCCCACCCUGCUAGGAAUUGCUCACAUGUACCUCCAUCUCAGACGCCUUCCCCAACCAAGCCUUCAUUUCCUCUACUCCCUCUCCCUUUUGAG